AUGGCCAUCACCUUAGCUCGCAAAUCCCUUUUCUGCAUUGCAUUUGCACUGUCAAUGGUACUCUCCCCCUUCUCCCUCACAAAAGCACGCACCUUCAGCGCAUCUCUCAUCCACCGCGAUUCGCCGGAAUCCCCCUUCUACGACCCGUCCCAGUCCCAUUUCGAUAGCUUAGGCAAAGCUUUACGGCGUUCCGUCGCCCGCGCCCACUUUCUAAAUCCCGCUUCAGUUGCUCCGCUUGGCGGCACCAUCACUACCCAACUCACCAACAACGUCGGCGACUAUCUCAUGCACAUAUUGCUCGGAACAAGCUCCACUGAUAUCUUCGCCGUCGCCGACACCAGCAGCGACCUCGUUUGGACUCAGUGCGUGCCUUGUGUCGAGUGCUACCCACAAAACAACCCUUUAUUUGACCCCCGCAAGUCCACCACUUACCAACCCAUUAAAUGCGACUCCACUGACUGCGAGUUCACCGUCGGAGGAACUUGCGACGGCCCUGGGGACUUUCUUUGCCACUACUCGGUGUUUGCGACCGUCGGGCUAGACAAUUCCUACACGCACGGAGUACUCGCGAAAGAGAGCCUCUCCUUGGGUCCCACUACGCUUACGAAUAUAACCGUCGGCUGCGGGUACAACAACCGAUUACUGUACGACGACGACAACGCGCAGGGCAUGGUGGGUCUCGGUCGCGGCCCCGUCUCCCUCGUUUCCCAACUCCACGAUCAGAUCGACGGAAAAUUCGCAUACUGCUUGGGCCUCAACAACUCCGGCACCGGCAACGGCAAUAACGUCAGCAAACUAAUCUUCGGUGGCGAGGCUUCCGGCACCGGCGUGGUUUCCACCGCCUUGGUUCCCGGCGAUUGGAACUCCUCCUAUUACGUAAAGCUGGAGACGAUCGGCGUGGGGAAGCAAACUAUCGAGUUCCACAAUCUGGCUCUCCUGGACAGCGCAGUCCUGUUGACGUUUCUACCGCAAGAUCUUCACACCACGGUAGAGGCGGCCGUGGUGAACGGAUCUAGUAAUUUGACGCGCUCCGACGACCCGUACGGAUUGUUCAAUCUUUGUUUUAAUGUGAAAAGCGAAAGCGAUCUUGCUGGAGUUCCUGAAUUCACGAUGCAUUUCGCCGGAGCUGACGUGAAGCUGAGUAGGAAAAACAUGUUCCUGAAGGUUACGGACAGUGUCUCAUGUCUUGCUUUGGUCUCUACAGAUGGGUCGGAAAUCAUAUAUGGAAACUUGGCCCAAGCAAACUUCUUGGUGGGCUAUGACACUCGAAAAGGAACUGUGUCCUUCAAGGCCACCGACUGUGCCCAGAUUUGA